AUGUUUCAAAUUGGUGACCUUUUGCCACAUAGUCUCAAGCUCAAGCGUCCCUCUAACAGGCCUCAAGGGACGCUUGAGCUUGAGAUCUUGGCACGCUAUCCUUAUUCCCCUGGGUCUGACUCAUAUCCCACUAAUGGCUCGACACUACAGGGUACUGGAUACCCAUACGAGCAACCCCCGAAUUAUGGGGAGUCUGCAUCGUAUGGGGACCCUGGGUACGGGAAGCCCGCAUCUGAGGAGAAAAAGAAGAGCGGCAAUGCGAUCGAGACGUCUAAGAAAGUAAAGGAGGAUCUUGAUGAUAUCGAAGAUGAUGAUGAUGAUGAUGAUGAUGUACAUGAAUGUGGGUUGUUGUAA